AUGGACACCAACAUGGAGGAUGUGAAGAUGCCAGAGCCCAUGCAGUUGUCGUCUGCGCCCACCACAGAGCCCACGACAAUUCCGACGCUGGACGGCUGGAUCGAGAGCCUGAUGAGCUGCAAGCAGCUCGCCGAAAGCGAUGUGCAGCGGCUCUGCGACAAGGCUCGCGAGGUGCUUCAAGAAGAGUCCAACGUACAGCCAGUGAAAUGCCCCGUCACGGUCUGCGGUGACAUUCACGGCCAAUUCCAUGAUCUGAUGGAACUGUUCAAGAUUGGUGGCCCCAAUCCGGACACAAAUUAUCUCUUCAUGGGUGACUAUGUCGAUCGAGGCUAUUUCUCCGUUGAGACUGUGACGCUUCUUGUUGCACUCAAAAUCAGAUACCCCCAGCGUAUUACCAUCCUGCGUGGCAAUCACGAGUCCCGUCAGAUCACCCAGGUGUAUGGUUUCUACGACGAGUGCCUCCGCAAAUACGGCAACGCCAAUGUCUGGAAAUAUUUUACCGAUCUAUUCGAUUAUCUCCCGCUUACCGCCCUGAUUGACAACCAGAUAUUUUGUCUCCAUGGCGGUCUUUCACCCAGCAUCGACACACUGGACAAUAUCCGCGCUCUCGAUCGCAUACAAGAAGUUCCCCAUGAGGGACCCAUGUGUGACCUGCUCUGGUCUGACCCAGAUGACCGAUGUGGCUGGGGAAUAUCCCCCCGUGGUGCUGGCUACACCUUUGGCCAGGAUAUUUCAGAGGCGUUCAAUCACAAUAAUGGUCUCACCCUCGUUGCAAGGGCGCACCAGCUCGUUAUGGAGGGCUAUAAUUGGUCACAAGACAGAAAUGUUGUGACAAUAUUCUCAGCACCGAAUUACUGCUACAGAUGCGGUAACCAAGCCGCAAUUAUGGAGAUCGAUGAGCAUCUCAAAUACACUUUCCUUCAAUUCGACCCUUGUCCACGCGCGGGCGAACCCAUGGUUUCUCGAAGGACACCAGAUUACUUCCUUUGA